AUGUAUACGCCUCGCCGAUCGGUCAGCAGCGCUGCAGCAGCGGCUGCUCAAACCUCCGCUGAUGCCGGCGGGCACGGCGGUAGCUCCAUGCCGUGUGCCGACGUGCUCACCACGACGCUGCAAUACAUUCACACAAACAAGUACUUGAAAAACAAACUGCACUACACAGUAGAGACGACGUGUGCCUCGACUGUCUUUGCCCGUGACAACACCGACCACAGCGUGCUCUCCGAAGCUGGCGCUGCGCCAGCAGGCGGUACCGCGGCUUCGCAGGCAGCGCACGGCAGGGCUGGGCAAGGGCAGAAGCGCGCCUCUUGUUCGGCUGGCGGUGCUGGGUCAGCUCGCCGUCGCUCCGAUCGUCGCCCGUCGCAGAGGCAAAUCGACACAGCAGCGGAGAUCUCUGCUGGAAGCAGCAACAACACCGGCGACGGCACAGCGCCAGAGAGACAAGAAGCCCCCGUCAGCAUCCCAGAAAACGAGAAGAGAGCCAUGGCGGUGGUGAAGUACGCUACCGCGCGCGCGGCACACCACCAUGUCACAGCCGUCCUUCUCGGAGUCGGUCAGCGGCAAGAUGGGAAAGUGUGCACCGUCGGGGCGGUGGCGCAGGGGGUCCUUCUCGAGCUGCGCAGCCUCUACCCUCUGUACUACGUGAAAAAGGACGGUGUUAAGUGGCGCCCCGCGUUGUCGACUACGACGACAACAACCGCAGCAACCCCGCGUCGCUUCACAAUCGUAGUGGCUGUGCCCGCAGACGCACGGUGGGAAUCAGCCACGGCAGCGGAGACGAGGAGCGGCAACGAGGAGGCGGCCGCGCAAACGACUGCCUCGAUCGAGACGCCGUCAGUGGCACCUCCACAGGUGCCCAUUCACGUCCAGGAAGCGGUGGCGGCGACGGUACAGUACGUGCAGACUCGCUGCAUGCGCCUCCACGCUGCGCUGCAGGUAGAACAGAUCACGUUUGCCGUGAUCGCCACGUCAAGCUCGCAGGAUGGCAACAGUAUAACCGAACCAGAUCGCGGCGAGAACGGCGGUCACGUCGCUGCUGGCCCCGACGCUUCCGGUGGGAAAGAUGGCUCGACGUGGAUCAGCCCUCUUGAAGCCUACAAGCGGCACCUUGAGUCGCUCCCCUUUGUGGAAUGCAAAUCGAUCCCCCCUGCCAAUGCAGCUGCGCCACUGUUGUCUCCAGUGAACCGCAUCAACCCUGCCGCCGUCGGUGAAACAGGUGGGAUAGAGCAGCAUCUGCCGGAAGAUGGUGCUGCGAUGAUGUGUGUUGAGGGCAGCGCUACAGGGGCACCCGCGCCGCGAGGAGCGGCCUCUCCGGUGGCAGUCUGUGUGCUCAAGGCCUCCAAGAAGAACCCGCUCCUCAGCCUCGAUUCAGAGCCGGAAGUGGCACUCCCGCAAAUUAUAAAGCAGGUUGGGUCGCUGAAGCCGGAGGUGUUGGUCAUGCCAAAGUCCCUGGUACCCGAGUCUCUGCAGCUGGCGCUGCUAGCCACCAGCAACCCGCACUGCAUCGUGCUCCCGUUCUGA